AUGACCGCCUAUGAAGCCAUAGAACAGGCAGGUAUAGUGCCAGAUGCAACUCCGUCAACGCGCCGUGAUCGAGUGGGCGUGUUCUACGGCACAACCAGCAACGACUGGAUGGAGACCAACAGCGCGCAGAAUAUCGAUACAUAUUUCAUCCCCGGUGGCAACCGCGCUUUUAUUCCUGGACGCAUCAAUUAUUAUUUCAAGUUCAGCGGUCCGAGUUAUGCAGUGGACACGGCAUGCUCUUCCAGUUUGGCUAGCAUUCAUCUCGCGUGCAAUGCCCUAUGGCGACGUGAAAUUGAUACAGCUAUUGCUGGAGGAACAAAUGUGCUUACCAACCCUGAUUUCACGGCGGGACUUGACAGGGGUCAAUUCCUUUCAAGGACUGGUAACUGCAAGACCUUUGACGAUUCCGCUGAUGGCUACUGUCGUGGAGAAGGGGUUGCAACUGUGAUCAUAAAACGGCUCGAGGAUGCCGUUGCCGACAAAGAUCCCAUCCUAGGCUUAAUCCUGAGUGCGUCUACCAACCAUUCGGCGGAAUCAGAGUCCAUUACGCGACCACAUGUCGGGGCUCAGAGGGAGAUCCUCAGCAAUAUACUGAACCGAGGCGCCAGCAAUCCGUACGAUGUCAGUUACGUGGAAAUGCACGGAACUGGAACUCAAGUUGGUGAUGCUAGUGAGAUGAGCAGUGUCCUGGAAACCUUUGCUCCGGCUCCAAACCGCGUCAAAAGUGCCCGUGGCCACGAUACUCCACUAUAUCUGGGAUCGGCGAAGGCGAACAUCGGCCAUGGUGAAGCUGUCUCUGGCGUCUCAAGCUUGAUCAAGGUGUUGUUGAUGAUGCAGAGGAAUACAAUUGUCCCACAUUGUGGAAUCAAGACGAAGAUUAAUCAUAAGUUUCCGACGGACCUCAAGGACCGCAACGCCCAUAUUGCUUUGCAGCCUGUUUCUUGGGAAAGAAAUUCCGCUUCCUCACAAACAAGGAAAGUUGUCGUGAACAACUUCAGUGCCGCCGGUGGAAACUCGGCCCUGUUGGUCGAAGAUGCACCACCCAAGCGCGAAUCUCCGGGCGAAGCAGCCCUAGUUGAUCCACGACAACAUCACGUUGUCGCUGUGUCAGCCAGGAAUGCAGUAUCUUUGGAGGGCAAUAUUCGCUCCAUGUUGAAGUACCUUAGAGAAAAUCCGGACGUACAGCUUGGCAAGCUCUCGUACACCACCACAGCUCGACGCUUGCACCAUCAGCAUCGGGUUAUGGUUACGGGCUCAAAAGUUGAAGACAUUGCCACCCAACUGCAAGCAGCGCUCGACGAGAAAACUGGAAUGACAAGGCCGAAGGCUGCCUUGAAGGUGGUCUUCGCUUUUACGGGCCAAGGGGCCCACUAUCCUGGUAUGGGCAAAGAGCUCUUUGAGAACUUCUCAGUGUUUCGCACCGAAGUUCAUCGCCUAGAUCGUCUUGGACAGACAAUGGGUUUCCCGUCCGUGCUGCCUGUUAUCCAGUCCCCUGCGAACGAUAUUGAUAUCGGCACCUUCCAACCCAGCGCCGUUCAGCUGGCAGGCGUCUGCACUCAGAUGGCACUUUGCAAACUAUGGGCGGCAUGGAAUAUUACGCCUACUGCAGUCGUUGGACAUAGCCUUGGUGAAUAUCCUGCCCUCAAUGCGGCGGGAGUCUUGUCAGACGCGGAUACUAUAUACCUGGUGGGAAAGAGAGCCCAACUUCUCGAGGAGAAGUGCGUACGAGGGACACACUCCAUGCUUGCCAUCAAGGCAUCGGUGGACCAAAUUACAGGGGCCCUCGAAAACAUGAAGUACCACGUUGCUUGCAUCAAUUCACCAGUUGAAACCGUCCUGGCCGCUGCCAACGAAGAACUGUACGCUCUGAAGGACGUGCUUACUGCUGCUGGUUUCAAAUCCACUCCGCUGAAGGUCCCAUACGCAUUUCAUUCUCCCCAGGUGGACCCAGUGCUAGCCGAUUUCAAGGAACUGAGCAGGGGUGUUACAUUUUCCAGGCCUCGAAUCCCCAUCCUCUCAGCUCUAGAUGGCAACCUCCACGUGGACGACCACUUUUUUGAUCCCGAAUACCUUAUUCGCCAUACACGAGAACCCGUUAACAUGCACCGCACACUUCUGACGGCAGCCCGUGAGCAUGUGAUUACUGAAAUGACCACCGUUCUCGAGAUUGGCUCACACCCUGCUGUCUCUGGUAUGGUGAAGGGGGUUUUGGGUCCACAGGUCUCGUGCCUCGCAACCGCUUCGAGAGGCAGGCCAAACCUUCAGGUCCUCGCAGCGACGCUAAAGGUGCUGUAUAUGAAAGGUGCCGACAUCUGUUGGCCUCAAUACCACAUCGACUUCAAGGCCUCACACGAGGUCAUCCCGUUGCCCGCCUAUAGCUGGGAUCUGAAGUCGUACUGGAUACAGUAUGUCAAUGAUUGGUCGUUGCGCAAAGGAGAUCCUCCCCAAGUAAUCCAGAGCUCCCCAGCCCUAGAGAGUACGACCGUUCACCGAGUCGUUGAAGAAACCCAUGAUUCGACGAAGACUCGGAUUGUCAUUGAGGCAGACAUUGCGCGGAAGGAUCUGAGCCCACUGGUGCAAGGUCACGAGGUCGACGGUAUACCGCUAUGCACUCCGUCUGUCUAUGCCGAUAUGGCAUUAACCCUGGGGACCUACCUUCUCAAGCGUUAUCGUCCAGACCAAAACGACAGCCUGGUGGACGUUACCGAUAUGGUAAUAUCGAAGGCACUGAUUCUACGCGCCGGUGCCUCAGAGCAACUCCUCCAAGCCCAUGCUGAUGCUGAUUGGGCAGCGAACGCCGUGACCAUCAAGUUCAAGUCCUUCGACGUAAGUCCAUUGAGCAAUUGUUGCGUGGUCCAUUCAACAUACAGUGUACUAAGGAUUGAUUAUAGGCUCGCCAAAAGCUGCAGGAGCACUCUCAAUGUGUCGUGCGCUUCCGAGAUAGAGGCCUUCUAG